CUCAUUCAAUACUGAUCGAAUACCUUCCAUCGGACUGCGACGGGAAAUAGUGUAUAUCCAUCAUGUCCAAAUUAUUGACAGUAUUCGGCGCCACAGGCAAUCAAGGGGGUUCAGUCAUCCAAUCCAUUCUUCAACAUGCGUCGCUAUCGAAAGAAUACAAAUUGCAGGGUGUGACUCGAUCUUUGGAGAAUGAUCGAUCAGUGGCAUUAAUUCAACAGGGAGUUUAUAUGGUUCAGGCCGAUUUGAACGAUGAAGCAUCAGUCAGAAAAGCCAUCGAAGGGUCUGACGUCGUGUUUGGCAUGACGAAUUUCUGGGAGUCUCAAUCGGCACAAGUUGAGAUAACGCAGGGAAAAUACAUUGCAGACACAUGCAAGUCCUUUGGUGUCCAGUUACUCUUCUGGUCUACGCUCUGCAAUGCAACCUCGGUCAGCGGUGGAAAGCUUCCGAAUGUCCAUCAUUUCGACUCCAAAGCAGCAGUAGAAGAAUACAUUCGCUCGAUCGAUAUUCCUGCGGUAUUCCUAGACCCCGGCUGCUUCAUGACGAACCUGAAAACAUUGAUGCUAUCAAAGGCGAACGACGGGUACACUAUGAAGCUUCCACUACUCGAAACAACAGAAAUUCCUAUGAUAGACGUUGCUAGUGACACGGGCAAGUGGGUCGUUGCGUCUCUCUUGAAGAAGUCGGAAGCAUUAGGACAGCACUUUGUACUAGCGGAGGGAUGGUACACAGUCAAAGACGUUUGCGAGACCUUCUCGAGAGUGACAGGCAAAACUUUACGAUUUGAGCAUCUGUCUGACUCUGAAUAUACUGCUUCUGUGGGGCAGGAAUUGUCCGAGUCUUGGCAACUACUCCGAGACUUUGCGUAUUUCGGUCCAUCAGCCAAAAAACGAUCUUUGGAGGCGACUCAAUUCCUAUUCGACAAACCUACGACGUUGGAAGAGUACCUCCGCAAAUCAGCACCCUGGUAGCCAGAGUAUUAAUUUUAUUUACAGCGACAUAUAUGUAUUAGU